GUGGAACACAGCAAUGUUACAGUGCUGUACUCCAUGAACUAUUUGCCCCUUCUCUCUUCCGGUCGACACCAUAAGUUUUAUUUUGAAAGAUGUGCCCGGAAGCGAAAAGCUAUUCUUACUGCUCGUCGUUUCGUGGUGAUGCCAGGCUGAUCUGAUGGAGGCUGAGCAGGGAGGAAGGAGGCGAGCCCCUCAGCUUCCGCGUCAGCAUCCCUUCAAAUAGCUGCUGUCACUUGUCUGCAGCACGCACAGAGUCAGACAUUUUUGAAGCUCUCGCUCGAAAAAUAAAAAUAUAUAUAUACGAUUCCCAUUAGACGUUUUAUGUUAAGGGAGCAGCUCUCGUCUUGCAUGAUGACGACAAUCACGAUGAGCGUGGAUAGUCGGUAAGGAGGCUGGAGCCUGGCCAGGAACGAUAGCGAUGUUCAAGGCGCCUCGUCCCGGGAGAAGUCACCCCAGAAACUGAUUGCGAGACACAGAAAUGCUGCACUAAAAUCACCAGCUGGUCGAACAUGGAGCACAUGCAGGACACACCCUGCUCUCUCCCUUAAAGAGGUUUUUCUGAGCUGAGAGUUUGUGUGGCAGAGUUUGAGCUGAGAGCUGAAGUGAGUGGGUGUCAAAAGAGCGUGUGUCAUGGCCGACAGCGAAGGGACAAACCUUGAGGACCCUCCCUACAAAAACCUGCUGCUCCUGGGUGCUAUCGCGGCAGCGUCUGCAUUUGUGGUCACGAUUCUCAUUGUCCUCGUAUGCGUGGGCUGCCAAAGAAAAAGCAAGAGCAAGCACCCUUCAGCCGGAGAGAAAGGGACAUCAGUAAAUAUGCAAGGUACCCUUCGACAUCCAAAACUGAACUCCAUGAGCAAAUCGGACACCAGGCUGCAUGAGAUCAAUCGCUUUCCCUGCAAUGGAAACUCUGUUAGUAAGAGCCGCCCGGCAAGCAUGGACCUCCUGCUCCUCCACAGUCGGCGCUCCCAGACGGACCUGAGGCCUUCCCAGGGGCGUCAGCUUCCACAGAUCCCCACUAGCCCUCAAGGAUCCAGUCAAGGAGGAGAGGGAGACAUAGGAGGAGAAGGGGGAGGAGGGGAGGCCAGAGACCACACUUACACCGAGGUGGGCCUUCGAAAUAAUCCCACCCCGACGCACGCCUUGGACGACGGCCUGUAUGAGAGCGUCAGUGUCCGGGAUGGGGACGUUGGACCCAAAGUUCCAGCAGUCCCACCCCCGACAUCAACUAACACUCCAGCUCCAGUAAGAGUCAGCCAAAGCCCACCUGCUAAGCCCAACGGGGCUCGCAAUGGCAAUAGCAAUGGUGGCAGAGGGAAUGGCACCGUUAAUGGAACAAUAGCUGGGAAAAUUAAUGGAGCAAGUGGGGUUAACAUGUCCCCACUGUCCUCAGUCAACCCCCUGGUCACCCAAGAACCCACUGCAGCGGACUAUGCUUCAAUUCGCAAGUUCAGAAAGGUUGACAAGACCAACAGGAAGGAAAAUAAUGGAGCUGACAGCCAGUCAGACCAAUCGAGCGUGAGCGACUCACCAUCGACUGCUCCUCCGCAACUGCAUCGCAGUCAGGAGUUUCCUCGGAAAACCCUAGAGCCCUUUCACCUGCACUCUUUCCCAAAGGAACCAGUGUUCAUGGGCAACGGCGAGCAGUACAUCUGGAAGCCACCAGAGGACGAUGACAUCAUCACUUUGCACCCACCUCCUCAUCGCAUUGAGAACGGACAGGGGCACCCAUCUCCUCCAACUGCAAAGGAGAUUGCUGACACAUACUCCAUUGUGUGCAAAACCCAGAGGAAAAAGAAUCCCAUGGAUGGCAAUGGAGCAAAGACCCUUCCACGCUCAUUUGGUGGGGAUAGAGCAAAGGGACGCGGCCGAGGGGUCCAGGGGCAGGCACGAUCCCAGGAGGAGCCGUGCUAUGAGCCCACAGGAGACAGGGUCUGGCCCAAGUGUAUGGCGGCGGAGGCUGACCCUGCGUACGCCACCAUUGACAGUCACCGUAAACGCGAGCAAGUCGGCGGCAAUAAUAGCGCAGCGGCUAGUAAUGCUACCCUUAAGAGGAAGAAGCAACAGGCACCAUCAGCUGCACCUCAGGGCUCAGCAUCCAACCCCCUGCCUGUUCGAGGCCUACCUGGGGGAGAUAACUUCUAUGAGACCAUCAGCGAUGUAAAAGGAGGCAAUAGCUCCAGCACCACCACCAUCUUCACAUUCAAUGAUGGAAUGGAGAUGUAUGUCACUGGUCUGUAGCUUGCAAACAUGCGGAAAGAUCACGACAGGGACUGUCCUGUUAACUUGCCAUGAGGUUUUUGUACAUACUAAACGUACUCUGACUUCUCCAGAUAAAUGAAAUGACGAUCAAAUUUGUGUUGACAUCAGGUACAAACAGGGUUUAAAUCCAGGUUCAGACUUUACUUCAUUGGUCUGUAGUUCAGAACCAGCCUCAACCCUAAAAGGACCAACAUAUUUCCUCAAAAAGAAAAGAAAACUGGAAUACUCUUUUUCAGACAUACUGUAUCAGUGACUUUAAUCUCAUUCAUGGUCGUCAUUUUCCAUCAUAUCUUUAUUUUUGUAUGACCAAACUUUAAUUUGUUGUAAUGUAACUCACAAUUUGAGCACAUCGGACAUGUAUUGAAAAUGUAAAUGCAUGUUUUGUGCAAACCACAGAGUGCAGUAGCAAUUAUGCUGGCUAUAUUAGAAGAAGGAGGCCACAGUGCGAGUUGCCAUGCGUAUACGCACACGCACACACACAAACAUGCACACCUAAACCUGGGGGCACUUAUGUAACAUAAGCAGAUGGAUGUCACAGAGAUUUUUGGAGCUCAGCUCAACCUAAGCAAACAGUAACAGGUUCCCUGCGCAUACUGACCUGUUGCCUGGCAGAGAGAGCUGUGUCGUUUUGUACAAACAAAGGCCAGUCGUUUGUCAGCCUGCUCAAACUCAAAUUAAGUGAAGACUAGUGAAGGCUGGUCUAUUUUACAAACUGCUAUCAGUAGCAGUCCUCCUGGGCAACUUCUUUGAUCAUUUAACAGUACUACUGGAUAUACUGUGGGUUACAGAUCUGUAAAACAACACUCAAGAUAUCCAAGACAAUAUUCUUCCUAAUAAUAAUUGGGAAUGUCAAAUAUAUGCAUAGUUACUUGGGAAAAUGCCAUUAUAUGCUUUGGAUUUCUCAUUACAGAUCUGCAUUUUAGUUGCAGAUGCUCACUAUCUGAAUUACAGUUAGCUGCAGAUGAAUUGUAGAUAUACAGAUUUGGGAUAUCCACAAUAUAAUUUUUGACUGGUAGAGCUUGCAGACAUGUAAAGACAAAUGUUUUACUUAUAGAUGGCAAAAGUCAGUUUAGUCAAUUGUCUACUAAACUACUUAAAAUUGAGCUAUGACUAGUCACAAAGACAGUUUUGGAUAGUCAACUUAACUUUUAAAUUUUAGAUUCACUGCAAUAGCCUUUCUGGCUUUGCUUGUGUGUUUGGUUUGGUUAACAAUAUAAUCCUCAGGCCAGUUAACAAUUGAGACUCAAAUUUUAUCAACAUCAAUCUGUAGCCAGAGGCAUGAUGACACACACAUCUCUCUUUCUCUCUUUUCCCUCUCCCUCUCACCCCUUCCUCUCUCACAUGCGCACACACAUCCAUGCAUGCGUGCUUGGCAGUUUUACAGGGUAAAGCGAUCAGGUCUGUGGUUGCCAGUUUGUUGAGCAAGAGUAAUACAGGUGACAUUUAACAAGACAAGACCGUUCUCGUAUGGGUAUAAAAGAAUGAUUUGUACUUUGUCACAAGUAAAUGAACUUUUUUUUUCUUUUAAAUGUGAUUUUAGCAUUGUUUUAUCGCACUCAACGGCUACAGGAAUGGCUGUCCUUAUAUUUUGUAUUAAUAUGCUGUAAAUGUUCUGGUUUGCUGUCUGCGCUCGGUCGUUCUCCAGGCGAUCGUUUGGUGGUUGGAAUAGCAAAAGCAAGCUUUUACUCCCAAGAAAACACCCAUGGAGUGUCUUUUGGACGGUUGCCCCUCGCCUUCUCCACAGCCUGUUCUCCGGCCCCCACAUCCUUCAUUGUAAACAAUGUCUUUUUCAUGUAGCUUUGGGGAACAUUAAAAAAAAUAAACAAAAAUGAAUGGAGAAUGGAACGAAAACUUAAAAGCUCAAUAAAUGGGUGCAAGUUCAUGAGGCAAGAAUGAUGAGCGACAUAGAAAAGUGAUCUCACUGUGAGAAAACCAUACAAAUGCUUAAAAGUUCUGACUCAGUAGCAUAUGUUCGAAAUGAAAGUAUGUCAAAGUAAAUGCACAAAUGUAUUUUAUUGCACUGUUCAUUUUUUUCUCUCCUUUUAAACAAUGAAUAGCUCACGCCACUGCCAUGAAAUGAGUAUGUGUUGGUGCAAUUUAUCCUGCUUGAUCCAAAAAGUGCAUGCAUUAUUAUAUUAAUAUGAAACCAUUAUUGUGGUACUUGAUUAAUCUCUUGUUCGUUAGUAUUUCGUUGUACUUUUUUGCCGUGUAAUGCACAGAAGCACCCCCCCCCCACCCCCACCCCCUACAAGGCAGCAACCAGGAAGAGGGAAAGGAACAAGAAAAAUUGAAGCCACCGGGAUUUUAGGCCACUGUGUUUAUAUUUUUAAAUGGGGGAGGGAGAUGAAGCCUGAGCAUGAAACUGGAUGUGGAUCAGUGCAAAUGGACACGGACCUGAUGGACACGCCUACUCCUCCACAAAUGCACACAUAUACACAAAUGGAGAAGCACACACUGCAACAUUGAGCCAUGUGCUUUUCCAGUUAUGGGGAGGAAGCACUUUUUGCCCCUGCUUAUACUCCCUACCCCAGCUGUGUUCGCUCCCCAAUAUAGGACACAGAGCUUGCUUUGCUCAGCUUCAUCUCAUUCACUAGCUGUACUGGGGAGGGCUUUUUGGUGUCCACUUCUGAGGGACUCCCAGAGUGUCAAUGUCAAGCUUUGCCCAUGCUGAUAAUAACGAUGCAGCAUUGGCCCAACAAAUGUCUGAGAUGAAAAAUGGCAAACAGCUGAGAAGCUUCUCACACAAUGCUGCGUGGCCCUCACUCCUAUUACUUUUCCCCUGACUGUCACAUUGGCCCCAAAUCUUUCUCUUGAAACAAAGCACUGAUGCGAUCUAUUUUGUUGAACAUUGUUCUAUUUAGAUUGACACAGAAGUUCGCUGCACAAAUAUAGUAUGGCUAUGUAAAUGUGUAAAAUACUCUGCUGCUGUUCAGAUGUUGUCACAAUGUAAAGUAUGCAGUAUCUUUGUUGAGGGUGUCAAUUGGUAAUCACAGACACAUUGUCAUUUGUGGAUGCAAAUUGUUUUCUGCUGUCCAUGCACAUACAGAUGAUAUUUGUUAAUUGUCUCCGGAUAUAGUUAUGGGCCAAUACUGAUGUUGGAGCUGUAGCCAAUGUUGUAUGUACUAAAAGCACAGGGUUGUUUAGUUGGAAAAGUAUAUAUGUGUGUGUGUGUAUGUAUAUACAUAUAUAUAUAUAUAUAUAUAUAUAUAUAUAUAUAUAUAUAUAUAUAUUACACACACAGAAUAUACACAGAAAAAGAUAGCGUGGCAGUGCAGAUAUGCAAAAGAUUGUAAUGUUUUAUAUUAAUCUUCAUAUAAUAUUAAAGUGAAUUUUUACUUUUCUAAUAAAGUGGCACA